AUGGCUUCUCAAAAGAGAGGUGGUGGUGGGUCUGGUGAUAAGCAAGAUGCUCACAACUCAGCCAAAAAGAACUUCCAUCGUCAUUCUCCCAAUCAGAUAGCUAAACUUGAAGCAAUAUUCGAGGAAUGCCCACUCCCAGACGAAAACCUGCAACGUCAAAUAGGCGAGCAGCUUGGCCUUAACCAAAUACAAGUGAAAUUUUGGUUUCAAAAUAAGAGGACAAAAGCGAAGAAUCAAAGUGAGCGAUAUGAUAACAAUGCUCUUCGGCUUGAGAAUGCAAAUUUACAAUCAGAGAACUUCAGAUUGAAAGAGACUUUGAAAAAUGUACUUUGCUCAUCUUGUGGGGGUCCAUCCUUUGGGCAGGAACAACGCCAAUAUCGUUUGCAAAAGUUAAGGUUAGAAAAUUCAAGAUUAAAUCAAGAGCAUGAGACAUUAUCCAAACUUUUGGAAAACAAUAGAUGGCUACCUCUUCCACCUUCAUCUUCAUAUGAUCCCUCCGGAGGAAGUGAUCUGAAUCAAAACAUUCCUGUUCAUGAUCCGCACAUUCGUGCCUUUAUUGAGUCACUUAAUCAAAACAUUCCAGCUCCUACUCAAACGAAUGAUCAAAUAAUUUCGCCUCUUGCUUCUGCUAUUGAUGAAGAUAUUUCAACACUCGAGCAGGAAAUUCCUCUUCCCUUUCUUGAUCUAGAUUUUGGUGCAGUUAGUGGAGUUUCUAACGAUGAUAUGUUGCAUCAUCCAACGAACACAAAUAUGGACAUAGAGAGGGCAUUAAUGGUGGAGACCGCAAAAAGUGCCAUGGAAGAAUUAAUAAGACUUUUGCGUAUGAAUGAACCAUUUUGGUUAAGAUCUGUGAUUGAUGGAAAAUUCGUUCUUCAACAAGAAAAUUACAAAAAUAUCUUUCACAAAGAUAUUCAACUAAAUGAACCUCAUGCUCGGAUAGAAUCCUCAAAAGAUGCACGGAUAGUGAGCAUGAGAGGGACGCAGUUGGUUGAUAUGUUUUUGAAUUCGGACAAAUGGGUUGAUCUUUUCCCAACAAUUGUUCAAAAAGCACAUACAAUUGAAGUACUUGAAAGCGGUUUGUUGGGAAGCCGAGAUGGAGCAUUGCAAUUGAUGCAUGCAGAAAUGCACAUCCUUUCACCAUUGGUUCCAACUCGACAAUUCUCCUUCCUUCGUUAUUGUAAACAAGUUCAAGUCGGUGUAUGGGCGAUAGCCGAUGUGUCAUUUGAUUCCUCCAAAUACGGCGUCGCUUUUUCUAACGCUUGGAGACACCCCUCUGGAUGCAUGAUUAACGAAAUGAUCGAUGGGUCCUGCAUGGUUACUUGGGUUGAACAUGUGGAAGUGGAUGAUAAGAUCCAAACUCACCAGCUUUUCAGAGAAAUUAUUUGUGACAAUAAUUCAUACGGAGCUGAAAGAUGGGUUUUAACACUUGAAAGAAUGUGUGAGAGAUUUGCAAGUGCCUCACUUGCAAAUAUACCUAGUUGUGACGCUGGAGACAUGCCAGGUAACAUGGAAUUGCCACAUAUAAAUAGUGGGGUUAUGGUAUCUGUUCGGAAUAACACAGAGCCAGGUUUGCCAAACGGCAUCAUUGUCACUGCUGCUACCUCCUUUUGGCUUCCUUUCUCCCCUGAGAAUGUCUUUGACUUCUUGAAAGACAAUAGAAGAAGAGCUCAGUGGGAUGUUCUUUGCAACGGAUAUCCAGUGGACGAGAUUCAACAUAUCUCAAAUGGAACUCUUCCUGGCAACUGUACUUCAAUUAUUCGGCCAUCAGUCCCUUGGGAGAACAAUAAGUUGAUUCUACAAGAAAGUUGUAUAGAUCCCUUGGGAUCUUUGAUGGUAUAUGCUCCAAUAGAUGCAGAAACCCUUAAUUUCGCAAUGAAUGGAGGAGACUCUACACUAUUGCCUAUUCUUCCAUUCGGGUUUACAAUAUCAGGAGAUGGAAGAUCAAAAACUGUUGGAGGAGAGUCAGGAGGUUCGUUGCUAACUCUUGUUAACCAAGAACUUUCUUGCAGUACAUCUGCAAUGGGGGAGCUAAACAUUGAAUCUUCAGUAGCUGCUAUGAAUACACUUAUAACAUCCACUGUGGAGAAAAUUAGAUUUGCUUUGAAUUGUUCCAAUUUUGAUUAA